AUGGGAGCUUUUCGCUGGCUCUCGAUUGCGGCGCUCUCGUCCGCUGCCUUGGCCUUCACCCCAGAGCAAUUGAUCAGUGCUCCACGAAGAUCUGAAGCUGUCCCCAACCCUGCAGGCAAACUUGCGGUGUUCUCGGCCUCGCAAUACUCGUUCGACGCCCAUAAAGGCCACAAGUCCUGGAACUUACUAGACAUCAAGUCUGGCGACAUCAAGCUCCUGACCAAUGACAGUAAUGUCUCAGAGAUUGCCUGGUUGGGUACGGACGACAAGACCGUGCUCUAUAUCAAUAGCACCAAUGCAGACAUCCCAGGGGGUGUAGAGCUGUGGGUGUCGGACAUCUCCAAUUUCGCCAAUGGCUACAAAGCAGCCUCGCUGCCUGCCUCCUUCUCUGGUCUCAAAGCGGUCAUUACACACUCGGGUGACAUAAACUUCGUUGCUUACGCCGAGUCGUAUGCCAACGGCACUGCGUACAAUGCGGAGUUGGCGGCUAAGCCUCUAAGCACUGCCCGCAUUUACGACAGCAUCUUUGUGCGCCAUUGGGAUUUCUAUCUCAGUACGACAUUCAAUGCUGUCUUCUCUGGUACUCUGAAAAAGUCUGGCGAGAAGUACAGCUUCAAGGGAGGGCUCAAUAACCUUGUUUCUCCCGUCAAGAAUGCUGAGAGCCCGUACCCUCCUAACGGGGGUGCCUCGGACUAUGACAUUUCGCCCGACGGCAAAUGGGUUGCCUACAAGAGCAAGGCACCUGACGUUCCUCGUGCCAACUACACGACAUCGUAUAUCUAUCUUGCGCCUCACGAUGGAUCUUCUAAGGCGAUUGCCAUCAAUGGACCCCACAGCCCCGGAACACCUGCCGGUGUUGCGGGAGACUCCAGCAACCCAGUCUUCUCUCCAGGCAGCGACAAGAUCGCUUACUUCCAGAUGACUGAUGAAGCCUAUGAGUCGGAUCGUCGCACCCUGUACGUGUACAGCAUUGGCUCAAAGGAUACUAUUCGAGCCGUUGCGAAAGACUGGGACCGCUCCCCCGACAGCGCCAAGUGGAUUGACAAAAGGAACAUUGUCGUCGGUAGCGAGGACAAGGGACGAUCCCGCCUGUUCCUCGUCCCCGCCGAUGCCGGCGAUGACUUCAAGCCGAAGAACUUCACGGACGGCGGCGCUGCGAGUUCCUAUUAUGUGUUGCCUGGUUCCACCCUGCUGGUGACCGGCAGUACCAUCUGGACUAGCUGGAAUGUCUAUACCGCCAGCCCUGAGAAGGGUGUUAUCAAGACCCUGGUUUCUGCUAAUGAGAUUGAUCCUGAACUCAAAGGACUUGGCCCUGCCGAUGUUGGUGAGAUCUACUUCAAGGGCAACUGGACCGACAUCCAAGCUUUCGUUAUCUACCCCGAGAACUUCGACAAGAGCAAGAAGUAUCCCCUGCUUUACUACAUCCACGGUGGCCCUCAAGGCUCGUGGGCUGAUUCGUGGAGCACCCGGUGGAACCCCAAGGUGUGGGCAGACCAAGGCUACGUGGUUGUAGCACCAAACCCAACCGGUAGCACUGGUUGGGGUGAUAAGCUCACCGAUGAGAUCCAGAACAAUUGGGGAGGAGCGCCUUACGACGACCUCGUCAAGGGCUGGCAAUACGUCCACGACAAUCUUGACUACGUCGACACCGAGAACGGCGUUGCCGCAGGUGCCAGCUACGGUGGUUUCAUGAUCAAUUGGAUCCAGGGAAGUGAUCUUGGCCGCAAGUUCAAGGCCCUGGUCAGCCACGACGGCACUUUCGUAGCCGAUGCCAAGGUUUCCACUGAGGAAUUGUGGUUCAUUGAACAUGACUUCAAUGGUACUUUCUGGGCCAACCGGGAUAACUACCGCCGCUGGGACCCAUCUGCCCCGGAGCGCAUCCUCAAAUUCAGCACUCCCCAGCUUAUUGUCCACAGCGACAAGGACUACCGUCUUCCCAUCUCCGAAGGCUUGGCUCUGUUCAACAUCCUCCAGGAACGAGGUGUUCCAAGCCGUCUUCUGAACUUUCCUGAUGAGAAUCACUGGGUCCUUAAUCAGGAGAACAGCCUUGUCUGGCAUCAACAGGUCCUGGGAUGGAUCAAUCGCUAUUCCGGCGUCGGAAAGACGAACUCUCAUGCAGUCAGCUUGGAUGAUACCGUCAUCCCCGUUGUUGACACUAACCCCUGA